CCGAGUUCACAGAAUGCGAGAUGCCGAACCUACUCGGUAUAUAAUCACUCUGCUGGCCUUGAGAGGAUACUGCUCAUCAUUCAGUCCAGCACUUCCUUUCGCGUCCAGCACUUUCGCAGCUCUGUGAGCAUCACGUUCUUUUAGAAUCACAUUCGUUUUUGAGAACACUGGUUGUUCUUUCACACAAUUUUUCGACAACUUCAUUCAACAGCAGCCAAAAUGAAGUACCUCGCCGCCGUCGCCGCUUUCCUUGAGCUUGUCUCUGCUCAUGGCUACUUCGAGACUCCCAUUGCUCGCCAGCCAGGCCCAGCCUACGAGGCUGCUUGCGGUUCGCAAGCCUACAACAUGAUGAAGGGUGACAUCAACGGCAACGUCCAAGGUCUCUUGCAACUCGUCGCCAACCAGCAAGACUACGAUGCUGAGGCUUGUGGUCUGUGGCUCUGCAAGGGCAUGAAGUUCGACGACAACACCGACAACGUCCAGACCUACACCGCCGGACAAGAAGUCGACCUCGACUUCGCCAUUCGCGCCCCUCACUCCGGCUACGCCAACGUCUCCAUCGUCGAAACCGCAACCAACUCGAUCAUUGCAUCCGACCUGAAGAAGUGGGACGAGUACGCUCUCACCUCCAGACCCAGCGUCGCAAGCGAAUCGCAAUUCUCAAUCACCAUCCCCGACAACCUCGGCAGCCAAUGCUCCACUGCCGGUGACUGCGUGAUCCAAAUGUACUGGAACUCCCCACCACCAGUCGACCAGACCUACGAGAGCUGUAUCGAUUUCACUGUCGGUGGAAGUGGUUCUGGAACUAGCCCGGCUCCUGCUCCUGUUUCUACCACGGCUCCUGCACCUGUCCCUACGACUACUCCUGGCAGUGGUUCUGGAGGCAACACUACCGCUCCAGUUACUCCGCCAGUGGCGAACGGUACUACUGGAGCUGGAAACUCGACCAAGGGUGGCUCUUACCAGUACUUUUGUGCUUAGAUGUGACCUAGGGACUAGGUUUCUGAGGGGGCGAAUUUCGGAUGUAGAGUUGACGAUGUUGUUGGGAAGUAGGAGAGUUGUAGGUAUGGGUGACCCACUUUUGGGCAUCGCGGAUAGACGAAGAUUUUGUGUAUACAAGCAGUUCAGCAGAUUUCAUACCAAGCAAGAAAAAGCAGCUUGGAGUCAAAGUCGGCCGAGUGCCAGGGCUAACCCGCGGAUACCUCUGAACGCAACUGCCUCUGAGUGCAAGCGCCUAACCAUCUGAGAUUGGCUCUCGAUCCAAGAAAACCUUUGCUGAUUGGCUUAGCGACCUGCGGUC